AUGAGAUUCUGCUCUUCAACUGCUCUAUUUUCCCGCCUUUUCUCGAGAUCCUCUCUCUCAGGUUCAGUUUCGGCUGCCCAAGCAACACUUAGUUUCAACGCCACGCACAAAGAGGUAAAUCCCGAUCACUACCCUGCUCUCAUUACAAAGAAAGACACUAGUCGUAUUCUUUACUUGAAACAUUUUUGCUCAUUAGUCAAUAAACUCUCCACCAACCAUAGAGAUUAUGGGGCUUUGCGUGCUUUGGAUUCCAUGCUAACCAAAACCCAUUACUUAGAUUCUGCAACUUCCGUUCUGGUAAUCGAGGGUCUGUCUCGAUUGAGGAAGCUUGGGAGAGCUAUGGCUGUUCUAUCAAAUCUGAGAAAGAGUGGGAAAGUAUCUGAUUAUUUCCUGUAUAGUUUGGUAAUCCUUUGUUUGGUUAAGGAGGGUAGAGUUGGGGAAUCUGAUACUGUAUGGAAUGAGGUUUUUGGGUCUGAAUUGUCAUGGAACCGGAGAAUUGACGCAUCUGACUUCGUUAUUUAUCUCUCAAAAUUUGGGAAAAGUUUUGAGCUUGAGAGAAUUAGUGAGCGGGUUUUAAUGGGUGGUGGGGCUCUAAGGGAGCAGAGCUAUAUUGCUCUCAUUGGGGCUCUAUGUAGGGAAAACAAGACUCUUCUCGUGAAGAAGGUUCUUCAAGAGAUGAAGAAUCAAGGGAUGAGACCUGAUGACCUUACCUACCUUAUAAUGUUUCAGAGCUUCUGUAAAAAGGGUGACUUAGUCGAAGCGGAUUCGGUUUUGAGGAAAUUGAUUAGGAGAGAGUAUAGUAUGGAUAUAUGCAUAUAUGGAAGCUUUAUUUAUGGGCUUUGUAAAUCAGCUAAAUUGAGAGAAGCGGAUAAGUUAUUCCGGAAAUUGAUAAGAAAGGAUCACGCCGGAGUUUCUGGAGUUGGGAACUUGAAAAUGGGGAAGAGAGCCAUUUUCCAAUUGGACUGCCAUGGUGCCGUUCCUGAGAUAAUGGCCUACGAAUGUUAUUGUAGGUCCCUGUGCGCUGUGGGAAGGCUAGAUGAUGCCGAAACCUUGCUGAAGGAGAUGCUGAAGAAGAGAACUGUGCCUCAGAUCUGUGUUUACAAGGCUUUCAUUAAGGCUCUCUUUCGAGCUGGUCGGUCAGAAGAUGCUAUCAGAUUCUUUAAUGUUGAGAAGAAGAGAGGAUUUAUUGCUGCAGAGGAGAUAGGGGCAUCUGUUGUUGCAGAGCUCUGUGAAAUGGGUAAUGUUAAUGAUGCUUGGAGGAUAUUCAAUGAGUUUAUCGUCAGCAGUCGGUUUGUUCCAGCAACAAGCAUUGUUAAUUGUAUCCUUAGUGGUUACUUGAAAGUGGGAAGACUGGCUGAAGCGGAGAGUCUAUUUGAGAGCAUUCAGAAGGGGAGUUUCACAGGAUUACCUGAUGUCUCAACAUACACCGUCAUGGUUGAUGGAUACUGCAAACAGGGUAAUAUUAUAAAGGCACUCUGUAUUUUUGAAGAAUUGUUGAAGAACAAUUUGCCACUUAAUGGGACAUUGUAUGAGGUUAUUAUUAGAGGACUGAGUGUGUGUGGGAGGGUUGAGGAAGCACACAAGUACUUGAAUGAAAUGAUCGAUAAUAGUCAUUUGGCUUCAUAUGUUGAAUGGAAGGUACUUUUUGACUCGACAUUUGGUGCCGAUGGAUAUGGUAUCUCACUUGGAUAG